AUGCUUACUGCACAGAGUCGUCAGAAGAGUUACGCCGAUCAGAGGUGGAAGCCCUUGGACUUUGAGGAAGGAGACCAUGUUUUCCUUAAAGUUACUCUAACCACCGGAGUAGGUAGGGCAAUUAAGGCAAAAAAGUUGAAUCCUCGGUACAUUGGUACGUUUCAGAUCCUGGAGAGGGUUGGACCGGUGGUGUAUCGGAUGGCUCCACCACCUCAUCUUUUGAACCUGCACGAUAAAUUUCACGUGUCGCAGCUUUGGAAGUAUAUUCCUAAUGCUAGCCAUGUGUUAGAACCUGAAUCUGUUCAGUUGAAAGAAGAUUUGACGCUUCCGGUGGCUAUAGUCAGAAUUUGA